AUGGCCCACAGCGCGAGCGUCGCCGCUAGUAAUGCUAAGAGCGGAAGCUCCGAGGUGGCUCUCAAGGAGGGUGCAGGCGCUGCCGCGCUGUCCUCCUCCUCCUCGUCGGCGGCGGCGUCCUCCUCUUCCUCCGCCUCGGCCCCGGGCUCGGCCAUGGAGACGGGGCUGCUCCCCAACCACAAACUGAAAGCCGUUGGCGAGGCCCCCGCUGCACCGCCCCACCAGCAGCAGCACCACCACCACCAUGCCCACCACCACCACCACCAUGCCCACCACCACCAUGCCCACCACCUCCACCACCAGCACGCACUCCAGCAGCAGCUAAACCAGUUCCAGCAGCAGCAGCAGCAGCAGCAGCAACAACAUCCCAGUUCCAACAACAACAGCCUCGGCGGCGGCGGCGGCAGCCACCACGGCGCGGGCGGCGGCGGCGCGGUUCAGCCCGCUCCCGACAUGGAGCAGCCGCAACAUGGAGGCGGCGGCGGCAGCGGCAAGGACAGUGUCGCGGGCAGCCAGGCCGAGCCCCCGGGCCAGCCGCUGCUGAGCAAGCCGGCCGACGAGGACGACGUGCCGCCCAAGAUGGGGGAGCCGGCGGGCGGCCGCUACGAACACCCGGGCCUGGGUGCCCUGGGCGCGCCGCCGCCGAGCGCUGUGGCCGGGGGCGCCGUGGCUGGGGGCGCCAGCGGCGGCCCGGCGGCCGUCCCGGAGUUUAAUAAUUACUAUGGCAGCGCUGCCCCUGCCAGCAGCGGCCCCGGCGGCCGAGCUGGGCCUUGCUUUGAUCAACAUGGCGGACAACAAAGCCCCGGGAUGGGGAUGAUGCACUCUGCCUCAGCUGCCGCCGGAGCCCCCAACAGCAUGGAGCCCCUGCAGAACUCCCACGAAGGGUACCCCAACAGCCAGUACAACCAUUAUCCGGGCUACAGCCGGCCCAGCGCGGGAGGCGGCGGCGGCGGCGGCGGAGGAGGAGGAGGCAGUGGAGGAGGAGGAGGAGGAGGAGGAGCAGGAGCGGGAGCUGUGGCGGCGGCGGCCGCGGCGGCGGCGGCAGCAGCAGCAGCAGGAGGCGGCGGCGGCGGCGGCUAUGGGGGCUCGUCCACGGGCUACGGGGCGCUGAGCUCCCCUCGGCAGCAGGGCGGCGGCAUGAUGAUGGGCCCCGGAGGCGGCGGGGCCGCGAGCCUCAGCAAGGCGGCCGCCGGAGCGGCGGCGGGGGGCUUCCAGCGCUUCGCCGGGCAGAACCAGCACCCGUCGGGGGCUACCCCGACCCUCAACCAGCUGCUCACCUCGCCCAGCCCCAUGAUGCGGAGCUACGGCGGCAGCUACCCCGACUACAGCAGCCCUAGCGCGCCGCCGCCGCCGUCGCAGCCCCAGUCCCAGGCGGGGGCGGCGGCGGCGGGAGGCCAGCAGGCGGCCGCGGGCAUGGGCUUGGGCAAGGACAUGGGCGCCCAGUAUGCCGCCGCCAGCCCGGCCUGGGCGGCCGCGCAACAAAGAAGCCACCCGGCGAUGAGCCCCGGCCACCCCGGCCAGCCCAUGGGCCGACCCCAGGGCAGUCCAAUGGAUCCGAUGGUGAUGAAGAGGCCGCAGCUGUACGGCAUGGGCAGUAACCCCCACUCUCAGUCCCAGCAAAGCAGCCCCUAUCCCGGCGGGUCCUACGGCCCACCAGGCCCCCAGCGUUACCCCAUUGGCAUCCAAGGUCGCACCCCUGGGGCCAUGGCCGGAAUGCAGUACCCGCAGCAGCAGGUUUGUGGACAGGCACCUUGGAAGACAACCUGGUGGCUGAUGCCACCUCAGUAUGGACAGCAAGGUGUGAGUGGUUACUGCCAACAGGGCCAACAGGCAUACUACAACCAGCAGCCUCCGCCUCCGCACCUCCCUCCUCAGGCACAGUACCUGAGCGCCCAGUCCCAGCAGAGGUACCAGCCGCAGCAGCAGGACAUGUCUCAGGAAGGCUAUGGAACUAGGUCUCAACCUCCUCUGGCCCCCGGGAAACCGAACCACGAAGACUUGAACUUAAUACAACAAGAGAGACCAUCAAGCUUACCAGACCUGUCUGGCUCCAUUGACGACCUCCCCACCGGAACUGAAGCGACUCUGAGCUCAGCAGUUAGCGCCUCCGGGUCCACGAGCAGCCAAGGGGAUCAGAGCAACCCUGCCCAGUCCCCCUUCUCCCCGCACGCGUCCCCGCACCUCGCCAGCAUCCCCGGGGGCCCAUCGCCUUCUCCCGUGGGCUCUCCUGUCGGGAGCAACCAGUCAAGGUCUGGCCCAAUCUCUCCUGCAAGUAUCCCAGGCAGUCAGAUGCCACCGCAGCCCCCUGGCAGCCAGUCGGAAUCCAGCGUCCACCCCGCCAUGAGCCAGUCUCCGAUGCCUCAGGAAAGAGGCUUUAUGACAGGCUCACAAAGAACCCCUCAGAUGUCCCAGUACGGACCUCAGCAGACAGGACCGUCCAUGUCACCGCACCCUGGAAUCAGUAGCUUUCAGCAGAGCAGCACCAGUGGGUCUUACGGUCCGCAGAUGAGCCACUAUGGACCACAAGGUAACUACUCCAGACCCCCCACGUAUAGUGGGGUGCCCAGUGCAAGCUACAGCGGCCCAGGGCCCGGCAUGGGUAUUAAUGCCAACAGCCAGAUGCACGGACAGGGGCCCAGCCAGCCAUGUGGUGCUAUGCCCCUGGGACGAAUGCCAUCGGCCGCGAUGCAGAGCAGACCGUUUCCUGGAAACAUGAGCAGCAUGACCCCCAGCUCUCCCGGCAUGCCGCAGCAGGGGGGUCCAGGAAUGGGGCCGCCCAUGCCCACUGUGAACCGUAAGGCACAGGAGGCAGCCGCGGCAGUGAUGCAAGCCGCCGCAAACUCGGCACAAAGCAGGCAGGGCAGUUUUCCCGGCAUGAAUCAGAGUGGAGUGAUGACAUCCAGCUCUCCCUACAGCCAGCCAAUGAACAACAGCUCGGGACUGAUGAACACGCAGGCCCCGCCCUACAGCAUGGCAUCCAACAUGGUCAACAGUUCCUCAGCAUCUAUGGGUCUUGCAGAUAUGAUGUCUCCCGGUGAGUCCAAAUUGCCCCUCAAAACCGACGGCAAAGAAGAAGGGCCCUCCCAGCCGGAGAGCAAGUCAAAGAAGUCCAGUUCAUCCACCACCACUGGGGACAAGAUCACAAAAGUGUAUGAGUUGGGGAAUGAGCCAGAGAGGAAGCUGUGGGUGGACCGAUACCUCACUUUCAUGGAAGAGAGAGGCUCCCCUGUCUCCAGUCUGCCUGCGGUGGGCAAGAAGCCCUUGGACUUGUUCCGACUCUACGUGUGCGUCAAAGAGAUCGGCGGCUUGGCCCAGGUUAAUAAAAACAAGAAGUGGCGUGAGCUGGCAACCAACCUCAAUGUUGGCACUUCGAGCAGCGCAGCCAGCUCACUGAAAAAGCAGUACAUCCAGUACCUGUUUGCCUUCGAGUGCAAGAUCGAGAGAGGGGAGGAGCCGCCGCCUGAGGUCUUCAGCACCGGGGACACCAAGAAGCAGCCCAAGCUCCAGCCGCCCUCUCCUGCUAACUCAGGAUCCUUACAAGGUCCACAGACCCCACAAUCCACUGGCAGUAACUCGAUGGCAGAAGUGCCGGGUGACUUGAAGCCUCCGACUCCAGCUUCCACCCCCCACGGACAGAUGACCCCGAUGCAAGGUGGCAGAAGCAGUACAAUCAGCGUGCACGACCCCUUCUCAGACGUCAGCGACUCGUCGUUCCCCAAACGCAACUCCAUGACCCCGAACGCCCCAUACCAACAGGGCCUGAGCAUGCCAGACAUGAUGGGCAGGAUGCCCUACGAGCCUAACAAGGACCCCUUCGGUGGGAUGAGAAAAGUGCCUGGGAGUAGUGAGUCCUUUAUAACACAAGGACAGAUGGCCAAUAGCAGCCUGCAGGACAUGUACAACCAGAGUCCCUCAGGAGCCAUGUCCAACCUGGGCAUGAGCCAGCGGCAGCAGUUCCCCUACGGAGCCACUUACGACCGGAGGCAUGAACCUUAUGGGCAGCAGUACCCAGGCCAAGGCCCUCCCUCAGGACAACCCCCAUAUGGAGGCCACCAGCCUGGCCUGUAUCCACAGCAACCGAACUACAAGCGCCACCUGGACGGCAUGUACGGGCCUUCGGCCAAGCGCCACGAGGGGGACAUGUACGCCAUGCAGUACGCCGGGCAGCCCCAGGAGCUCUACAACCAGUAUGGCGGCUCCUACUCGGGCCCCGAGCGGAGGCCCCUGCAGGGCCAGUACCCGUACCCGUACCCCCGCGAGCGGCUGCAGGGCCCCGGGCAGAUGCAGCCCCACGGUCUCCCGCCACCGAUGCUGGGCGGCCCGCUGCCCGCCGCCUCCAGCGAAGCCCCGCAGCAGAACCUGUGGGCGGCGCGCAACGAGAUGCCUUAUCCCUACCCGAGCCGGCAGGGCCCCGGCGGCCCCGCACAGGCGCCCCCCUACCCCGGCGUCAGCCGCACGGAGGAGAUGCUGGUGCCGGACCAGAGGAUCAACCACGAGAGCCAGUGGCCUUCGCACGUCAGCCAACGUCAGCCUUACAUGCCGCCAUCAGCCUCCAUGCCGCCCAUCACGCGCCCGCCCCAGGCGUCCUACCAGACGCCGCCUUCACUGCCAAACCACAUCGCCAGGGCGCCCAGCCCCGCGUCCUUCCAGCGCUCCCUGGAGAACCGCAUGUCGCCAAGCAAGUCCCCCUUCCUGCCCUCUCUGAAGAUGCAGAAGGUCAUGCCCGCCGGGCCCGCGGCCCAGGUAGCUGGCCCGCCACCCCAGCCGCCCCCCAUUCGGAGGGAGAUCACCUUUCCUCCAGGCUCAGUGGAAGCGUCACAGCCAGUCCUGAAACAAAGGCGAAAGAUUACCUCCAAAGACAUCGUAACUCCUGAGGCUUGGCGUGUGAUGAUGUCCCUGAAAUCAGGUCUGUUGGCUGAAAGUACCUGGGCUCUGGACACAAUUAACAUCCUUCUUUAUGACGACAGCACUGUCGCCACCUUCAACCUCUCCCAGUUGUCUGGGUUUCUCGAGCUUCUGGUGGAAUACUUUAGGAAAUGCCUCAUUGACAUCUUUGGAAUCCUCAUGGAGUAUGAAGUGGGAGAUCCCAGCCAAAAAGCACUCGAUCAUGCUGCCACGAGGAGAGAUGAAAGCCAGUCGCCGGCAGACAGCCCUGGGAGAGAGGAGGCUGAUGGUGCUGACUGUAUGGAGGACGAGGAAGAUGAGGAAGACGAGGAGGAGGAGGAGGAGGAGGAAGACAGUGAGAAGGCAGAAGCCGAAGCCAAGAGCAGUACAGCUCUCCCGUCUCCAGAUGCCACUGCCGACCCCAAGGAGAAACCCCAACAGGCCAGCAGGUUUGACAAGCUGCCCCUAAAGAUUGUCAAGAAGAACCGGCUGUUUGUGGUGGACCGCUCCGAUCGACUGGGCCGCGUACAGGAGUUCAGCAGCGGCCUUCUGCACUGGCAGCUGGGCGGCGGAGACACCACGGAGCACAUCCAGACCCACUUUGAGAGCAAGAUGGAGAUCCCACCGCGUCGACGGCUGCUGGCCCCCGCGAGCUCAGCGGGCAGAAAGCGAGGGCAGGAUGGGGAGGGAGACAUCGAGGAGCCCCAGGAGAAGGGCAUCCUCGCCACCAUCGAUGACGUGCUGUCGGCCCGGCCAGGGGCCCUGCCCGACGACGGGCAGCCUGGGAACCAGGUGGAGAGCAGCAAGUUUCCCUUUGGCAUCCAUCAGGCCAAGAGCCACCGGAACAUCAAACUGCUGGAGGACGAGCCGCGGAGCCGUGACGAGGCUCCUCUGUGCACCAUCGCACACUGGCAGGACUCGCUGGCCAAGCGCUGCAUCUGCGUGUCCAACAUUGUCCGGAGCCUGUCCUUUGUGCCUGGCAAUGACGCCGAGAUGUCCAGACACCCGGGCUUGGUGCUGAUCCUGGGGAAGCUCAUCCUCCUUCACCACCAACAUCCCGAGAGGAAGCGGGCCCCUCAGACCUACGAGAAGGAAGAAGACGAGGACAAGGGGGUGGCCUGCAGCAAAGACGAGUGGUGGUGGGACUGUCUCGAGGUGCUGAGGGACAACACGCUGGUGACACUGGCCAACAUUUCCGGGCAGCUAGACUUGUCUGCAUACACAGAAAGCAUCUGCUUACCCAUAUUGGACGGCUUGCUGCACUGGAUGGUGUGCCCAUCUGCAGAGGCACAAGACCCCUUUCCAACCGUGGGGCCCAACUCGGUCCUAUCGCCUCAGAGACUCGUUCUGGAGACUCUCUGUAAACUCAGCAUCCAGGACAACAAUGUGGACCUCAUCCUGGCCACCCCUCCAUUUAGUCGCCAGGAGAAGUUCUACGCUACGUUAGUUAGGUACGUUGGGGAUCGCAAGAACCCAGUCUGCCGAGAAAUGUCCAUGGCGCUUUUAUCGAACCUCGCCCAAGGGGACGCGUUGGCGGCGAGGGCCAUCGCUGUGCAGAAGGGAAGCAUUGGGAACUUGAUCAGCUUCCUGGAGGAUGGGGUGACGAUGGCCCAGUACCAACAAAGCCAGCACAGCCUCCUGCACAUGCAGACCCCCCCACUGGAGCCCCCGAGCGUGGACAUGAUGUGCAGGGCGGCUAAGGCAUUGCUGGCCAUGGCCAGAGUGGACGAAAACCGCUCCGAGUUCCUCUUGCACGAGGGCCGGUUGCUGGAUAUCUCCAUCUCGGCGGUCCUGAACUCUCUGGUUGCGUCGGUCGUCUGUGAUGUACUCUUUCAGAUUGGGCAGUUAUGACACAAGACAGAAGGGUACACGUGUGUCAGGGCGUCUGGAGGGUCACCUAGCACUGACUGGUUUCUCUUCUGGUUGAUCCAGCGUAGGAAGAAGGACACCAAGUCUUGGCUCCUCGGCCCCAUUCACUAUUUACCAAUUUGGGAAUUAAAGAAAUCA